AUGGACCUCUGCCUGCCGAACUCGCCCAGCCCUGCGCUGCGGGGAGGUGCUGUGCCCAGCCGACGACUUGGCCGCGCCAUCUUCGCGGACCAGCGCCGGUUCUCGAGGUUGGCGUGCCCAGUGCUGGCGGGCGGCGUGGCCCUUGCAGGCCGGCGCAGCUCCAGUGGCAGGGCGGCAGCGUCGGCAGUUGUGCCCACGCAGGAGGCUCUGCAGAAGGAGUUGGCAGAGUGGGGGGACGACGACGAGGAGCCCGAGAUUGGUGCCCCGAAGUGGGCCCGCAGUGGAAAGGGCCGGAGUCGCGGGGAGCGAGGUCCUCGAAGCAAAGUGACAGAGGAUGCCAGCCUGGAGGAUGUGGACUGGCAGCGCUGGGUGACAGCGCCGAACAAGGAGAAGGUGUGGAAGGUUCUCAAAGACGGAAAACCUGAUCAGGAUUCUUGGAAGAAGGUGAUCCUCUCGCUCAGGCGCGGGGACUGCCUCGACACCAAGGAAGAGUACGCCAGAGCGCUAGAGAUCCUCGCGUCCAGGCACCAGGGCUGGCGCGACGCCACGGUGAUUUUGAGCUGCAUGUGGUUCAACGGCUUCAAGCCGGAGGGCAGCCACUACGCUUGGGUGAUGCGAGCUUUGAUCAAGUCCAGUCGCUGGAACCAGACGAUCCAGCUAUUCGAGGAGAUGGUGGAGCACGGCAUCGCGCCGGACGAGUAUUGUUACACCUUUGCCAUCAACGCGUACAGCAGGAAGCGGGAGGUCGAAGGGUCCCUGCAGCUUCUGCAGGCGAUGAAGGCCGACGGCCUGAGACCCCAGCGUCGGGCCUACCACGUGAUCCUCUACGCCCUGGGCCAGAUCGGCGCCUGGAUGCAGUCGUUGGAGAUCAUGGACGACAUGGUGAAGCAGGGGGUCAUGCCAGUGGCGCAGACCUUCAAUCUGCUGGUGAUGGCCUAUGGCAACGCCGGUGAGAUUGAAGGUGUGGUGCAAACCAUCGACUACAUGCGGACAACGAAGUUGGAGCUCUCCCUUGGCACCUUCCUCUACGGCAUGAGGGCCGCUGAGCGCGCGGGGGAGCUCGACCAGGGCCUGCUCCUCUUCCAGAAGAUGCGCACGCUUGGCAUCAAGACCAGCGAGAAGGUGGACGAGGUGUUGAUGAGCAUUGCCAUCACGGCCGGCGACCCGGACCGGGCCUUGCAGUUCUUCGACGCCGCCAUGCAGCGGAGGCAGCAGUGGGGCCGGGUUGAGGGCACCGCGGUGGCCGAGGAGCUGGGCAUCUAUCGGCAGGCGCUGCGCGCCUGCGAGAUGGGCGCGGCCUCAGGCCUGCGGCCGGGCGGGAUCCCCUCCUACGAGGACUACGCCCUGCAGCUGCUGCUGGAGCUGCAGAAAUCGAAGCUGCCGCUAGACAGCACUAUGUACCUUCACGCAGUGUCCGCCUGCGAGUACAACAAGAGCUGGCUCAGAGUGGUGUCUUUGCUGAAGGAAAUGAAGGAGAAGGGCAUCAAGGUGGAGGGUGAGAGGUUUCGCUCGGCAUUUCAGAAUGGCAUCAUGGCGGCGCAGGAGGACGAGAACCCCGACGAGGCCUUCGACCUCUUUCAGCAGAUGAAAGCGAACAAGCUCACGGUGGAGACGGACAUGUACCAGAAGAUGAUCCAAAUGCUGGAGAUGCACGGGCAGCUGGCCCGUGCAACGAACCUGGACACGGAGCUUGCUGACCUGCAGCUUAAGUCUUUCAACAAGGAGCUGAUGGUCCACCGGAAAAGGAACGAAUGGCAAGAGGCGGUGGCCGUGCUGCAGAAAGUCCGCGAUGAGGGCAUCAUGCCUACGCUGAAGUUCACCAACACGGCCUUGAGCGCGCUGCAGAAACCCGGGAAGUGGGAGAUGGUGCUUGACCUGCUAGGGGAGAUGAAGAAGGAUGGGCAGCCUCCGGACGCCUGCAGCUUCACAGUGCUGGUGAGCGCCAUGCUGCAGGCCGGUGAGCUGCAGAAGGCUGUUGCGCAGCUGAAGAACAUGGAGAAGCAAGGAGUGCACCCGACCUACAUGACUUACGGCCGCCUGAUCCACGCUUUGGAGGCCGCCGGCCAACCGGAGCAGGCGCUGUACCUUUGGGAUGAGAUGCGGCAGAAGCACGUCGAGCCAGACAGGGUGGCCUAUGAGGCGGCCAUCCGCGCUUGCCGGGCCAGCGAAUUUUGGGAAGCCCUGCUCGAGCUGUUCAGCGAGAUGAAGGAGCUUGACAAGGGGCCCUCCAAAGCUUCCACGGUCUCGGCAGCCCUGGCUGCAGAGCGCCUCGGCCUUGCUGAGAGCGUCGUGGAGGGUGCCGAGCCCGCGCUGACGUCAAGAGAUGCACGAGAGUCCUUUUCGUAG